AUUUUACUUUCUUCCCUCUCCCCUCUCUCUCUCUCUCUCUCUCAGAAACUCCUACUCGCGAAAUCCAAACAGUUUUACUCUGCUUUUGCACACUUCAUUGUUGCCUUGUCGCAGCUGUAAAAAAAUCGAAAAAAAAAUCACUGAAGACGAAAAAAAACACUGAUGGCAAAACAGGUAAAUUUUUUGUAGAGAAUAUUUAUGAGAGGAGAAUCAAUCAAAGGCAAAAUGGCCGGAAAACUGAUGCAUGCGGUUCAGUACGACCACUACGGAGGAGGAACCGCUGGUUUGAAGCAUGUCGAGGUUCCUGUUCCUACCCCAAAAAAGUAUGAGGUUUUGCUAAAAGUUGAAGCAGCUAGUUUGAAUCCAGUUGAUUGGAAAAUGCAGAAAGGCAUGCUCCGUCCUAUUUUACCUUCCAAAUUUCCUUACAUACCCGUUACUGAUGUAGCAGGAGAAGUAGUAGAGGUUGGAUUUGGAGUCAAGAAAUUUAAAUCUGGUGACAAAGUUGUAGCCUAUCUUAGUCCUUUUAGUGGAGGUGGGCUAGCUGAGUUUGCUGUGGCCAAGGAGAAUCUGACAGUUCCAAGGCCUCCUGAGGUAUCAGCAGCUGAAGGGGCGGGACUACCUGUCGCGGGCCUUACGGCCCACCAGGCACUUACCCAGUCGGCUGGGGUUAAGCUUGAAGGAAGUGGACCACGGAAAAAUCUUCUGAUCACGGCUGCCUCCGGCGGAGUAGGCCUCUAUGCAGUUCAACUAGCGAAGCUAGGAAACACAUACGUGACGGCCACUUGUGGGGCCCGCAACUUGGAUUUCGUGAAGGGCUUGGGGGCUGAUGAGGUAUUGGACUACAAAACGCCUGAUGGAGCUGCUCUGAAAAGCCCAUCCGGCCAGAAAUACGAUGCUGUUAUCCACUGUGCCAUGGGCAUUCCUUUCUCUGCUUUCGAGCCUAAUCUGAGCCCAAAUGGGAAGGUGAUAGAUCUGACUCCGAGUUUUGGUUCUUUCAUGACUUCUGCCGUGAAGAAACUGACAUGCUCGAAGAAGCAGUUGGUGCUGCUUUUGGCAGCUCCGAAAGGUGAGAACCUGGAUUAUCUUAUGCAGUUGGUGAAGGAAGGGAAGCUUAAGACUGUUAUAGACUCGAAGUAUCCUUUGAGUAAGGCUGAAGAAGCUUGGGCGAAGAGCAUGGAUGGUCAUGCCACUGGGAAAAUCAUUGUGGAGCCUUGAAAUUUCGUUUGUGGAAUCCUUCGGGUUACUCUUAUGGAAUUAAAGAGGGUAUGCUUGUGAUCGGUUAUACAUAGAUGCUGGGUGCUGCAUAAAGUUCAGGUGUUUGGUGAUGUGUUUUUCUGCUUUGUUGUGUUUCGGAUUACAGUAGACAUGGUGUUUUCAAGUACAUGACAGUAUUUGGUGGUUCUUGGUCAUCAGGUAGGUUUGGUUGUGUUAGUCAAAUGCGGAUCGUUUGUUUGUUUGUUCUGUACGAAACUACGCACUGAAUGUGCUUGAUUCCCCACAUAUAAUCGCAAAGCUUGUUGAGGGUUUUUUUUUUUGCGCAA